AUGUAUGAGAAGUAAUUGAGUUUCUUCAUAUCCUCUUAGUUAAUAGCAUAAUUAAUCUAGAUGUUAUUAAACAAAUUUAAAAACUUAUUGGUCAAUAAGUAUAAUAGAAAUAACUAAAGAGAUAAUUCAAUUUUGAAGUUUAUCUUCAUUUAAUGGUGCUAUUUUUAUUACUUUAUAAAAGUCUGUAAUAAUCAGAUAUUUUUGAUUGCCAUAAUUAUACUACAAUCCAGUAAUGUUAGAUAAGUUGAUUUAAGUGAUGGAUAAAUAAAGAUAGACAGUAGUGAACAAUAGCGGAUAAUAAAUAUACAUUUCACAUUGCAGAUAAUGCAUUUGAUUGAAAAUACAUUUAAAUUGCAACAUCAUUUGUUGAUGAAUUUCAUUUAAUUCAAAUAGAUCUAAGAAAUAGAACUAUUCUUAAGAUUAAUCCUUUUAUCCUAUAGGUCAAUAAUUAUAAAAGGAUUUAGCAAGUACCGAAAAUUUUUGAAUGAGUAUGUCACCGUUUUUGAUUAUUUACAUUCUUUGAUUUCAGGAUAUCCUAAAGAAUAAUAGAAAUGGUUGGAUGACACAUUAUAUAUUCAUUUUCAAACCUAAAUAUCUAAGAAGAUUCAUUUAUGA